AUGAUUGGAAUAAAUACAAGCAGGACUGACUUAAUUGGAAAGCAUCAAAUACCCAUAGAGGUAUAAGUUUAGAGUGAUAGAGUAAACGAGCUUUUGGGAAAAAUUCAAACUAUAUUUGAGUUUGAAAUAUAUUCAUACUCUAAUCCAUUCUCUAAAGGCAAUACAGCACCUUACUUUGUUAUCCCGUUAUAGAAUAUAGAAGUAAGUGUUGGUGAUAGUUAAGUAAUUGAUCUGCCAAAGAUAAUAGAUGACGAAGGAGAUCGAUAUAAAGUAUAAUUGAAAACUAAAUUGAGUAGUUUGUUUCUAGAUUCAACAAAUAAUAAAAUCAUAAUUAAUCCUAUCGAAGCUGAGGUUGGAAUUCAUUAAAUCAUAGUUACGAUAGAAGAUAAUAAUGCAAACAAAAAGUAUGUUGAAUCAAGUUUCAAAAUUACUAUUAAAGCAGAUAUUUCUUCGUUUUACGAAUAACUUCUCAAAGGAUCUAGUUUAUUGGAAGAUUAUCAAAAAUCUAAGAAGUUUUAAAUUUAAGGAAACAUUGAGGCUAGAGAAUGGGACUUGCUAAUUGUGAGAUUUAAAAUGUAUUUCUAGUUCUAUGAUAAUACUGAGAAAUUAAUGAUGAAAGAAGGUUAUUAGAUUAAAAAUUACAUACCACCUUAGAUGUCACAAAGUUUGUAAAGCAUGAUGAAUAAUUUAGGAGUUACAGCUGCAGUUUCUUUAUAGAGUGUGAUUGGAUCAAAUUUCCUAAUAAAUAUUCUAAUGUAAUUCAACAAUUGUAAUGAUUAUUUAGGUCCUAAAGCAUUUAGAUGCUUUGGGGAAUGA